ACAAAAAAAUCCCUCCUUUUUGCUUCCUAGUACCCUUAUCUUCCCUCCGAAUCCAAAUGCCCCUCUCACUCUCCGUCUUUAGGGUCCCUCUUCUUUCGCUCUCUUCUCCCGCGAAAAACCUGAGGAUGCCUCGGACUAGGAUCUCCUCUCGAUCUCUUCCAUCAGAGGUCCAAAACCCUAACUCAGAGCUGAAUCCAGGUUCUGAUGGCAUUGCUGGUUCGGGGAUUCAUGGUUAUGUGAGGAAAAAGAGGGUCAAAAGGAUGAUCGAAAUCAGUGGGGAGAAUCCAGAAGGAGAAGCUCGUGAUCAGAAAAUUGAUCACUUGCCUGACAUUGAAGAGUUUGUAUAUAAUAAGGGCAAGGCAACUAAAACUUCAAGUAAGGUGAAGCUUGCCUCUGCUCUUCCAGUUGGUAUGGACAAGAGGACAGACCUUUCCAUAGUACCAAAAGUGGACCCACCAACAAAUUGGGAAGAAGUCCUUGAAGGGAUUAAGAAAAUGAGGUGCUCUGAGCAGGCCCCAGUAGACUCUAAGGGAUGUGAAAAGGCGGGUAUUCUUCUACCACCAAAGGAAAGAAGAUUUGCAGUUUUGGUUUCUUCCCUUCUAUCGAGCCAGACUAAGGAUGAAGUUACACAUGGUGCCGUGCAGCGUCUCUCUGAGAAAGGCUUACUUGAUGCUGAUGCCAUUGUUAAAACUGAUGAAGCAAGCAUUGCUAGUUUGAUCUAUCCAGUUGGAUUUUACCUGAGAAAGUCUCAUUACAUGAAGAAAGUUGCAGAAAUUUGUCUCGAAAAGUAUGGUGGAGACAUCCCAAGCUCAUUAGAUGAACUGCUAGCACUUCCAGGCAUAGGUCCGAAAAUGGCACAUCUGGUUAUGAAUGUCGGAUGGAAUAAUGUUCAAGGGAUUUGUGUUGAUACUCAUGUGCAUCGUAUUUGUAAUCGCCUUGGAUGGGUGUCACGACCAGGAACAAAAAAGAAAACUUUGACUCCAGAAGAGACAAGAGUGUCUUUGCAAACAUGGCUUCCGAAGGAUGAAUGGGUUCCAAUCAAUCCGCUACUGGUUGGAUUUGGGCAAACUAUUUGCACUCCUCUCAGACCUCAGUGUGGAAUCUGCGGUAUAAACAAACUAUGCCCAUCUGCUUUCAUGGAGACAAGAAGCCCCAGUUCAAAAGCUAAGAAAUCAAGCCCAAUUAAAAGAUCUUAAUUUUGUAAUAGAUUAUGCGUCAGUAUCCCUUAUGGACUAUAUUGUAAACACCUACAAAGGGGCAUUGUAAAUGCAAUCAAGAUGAAAUGAAAUGAAAUGGGAAUUGAUUAUUGCUCCAUUUCCUCUAGUGCAGAACUCUGUAAUGUUUGCUUCGGAAAGGUAACAGCUGAUAAAGUCUAGCAGCCUUAAAGAAUCUUGUUCAUCACUAUAUGUAGAGGUUUGGUCUUCU